UGUUUUAUGGGGAUGUGUCAUUGGUGAACACAAAAAAAAAUAAACAACUUUCGGCUUCCAUUUCUAAAAAGCACGUGAAGAAGGGCGAGAAAGUGCUUCUUGAUUUGCGGAUUUCAGUUUUUUAUGGAGGACUUGAAUUCCGAUAGCCCUGAGAAGAUGUCUGUCGUGGAAGUGCGAACCACUUCUCAAAAAGGGCGAGGACUGUACGCCACAGCACCGAUUAAAGAGGGAACCGUCAUGCUCGAGGAGAUUCCCUUGGUAUCAGCGCAGUUUUUAUGGAACUAUACCUACGGUUAUUUGGCCUGCGAGUACUGUCUGAAGCCACUGGAAACGGCAGAAACCAAUGUUAGGCGGCUUACAAACGACUACGGUAUAAGCCUGCCGUACGCGGAAUGCUGUCCUAUACAGGAACAACUCGGUGGCCAUAGUAAAUGUCCGGAUUGUAGGGAAGUUUAUUGCAGUGAUGAUUGUUUGCAGACUGCCGUCAAACUGUACCACGGGGCGCUGUGUCUGGGAGCUGAAAAGGGCAACUUGCAGCAUCCUGUUAAUGUACUUGUUGAGUUUUGGAAGAAAAUGCACUAUCCUCCAGAAACGUCCAGUAUUCAGUUGGUGAUAAAAAUCAUCGGCAUGUUUAAACAGAGCAACAAUAUCACAGGCUUGCGUGCGAAAUUUGAUGACUUCGUCAGUCAGACAAUGAACGAAGAUUUAAUGAUUUUCCAUAAAAUGCUGGGCGAGAAUUUCAGCCAGCAAAUUGACGAGCUGUAUGAGCUAAUUAGAAGAGCUUUUGAUCCGAGUACAGAUGAUCGCUUGCAAUGGCUUACAAUGAGCGGAUUCCGAUCAUUGUUGGCCUUAAUAGGCACCAAUGGUCAGGGUAUCGGAACAAGCUCGUUUGCAGAUUGGGUACGCAACGUCUCAGAGCUGGACUUGCCAGACAAUCAACGUGAAUCCGUGGACGUACUGAUCGACAAUCUGUACAACAAAUUGGACGAGGUGGUAGGAACCUUCUUGAACAACGAAGGUUCAGCCUUGUAUAGUUACCAGAGCAAGGUAAAUCAUAGUUGCGCGCCGAACGCUGAGUGCCGGUUUCCGCGUUCCAACAACGUGCUGGCUUUGACGGCCACUAAAGACAUCAAGGUAGGUGAGGAGAUAUGUAUUUCUUAUUUGGAUGAAUGUGCGCUGGAACGUUCGCGUCAUUCGCGGCAGAAAAUGCUCAGCGAGAACUAUUUGUUUCAAUGUCAGUGCGAAAAAUGCGAAACGCAAGUUAACGAUCCGGACGAAACUUCGGAUGAUGAGGAAGACGACGACGAUGUGAUGGACAGUGAUUCUGAUUAAUGUUGGAUUGGUAAAAAUAUAUUAUCAUUUACCGAAAAUCAA